AUGGGGUUGGAAUCUGUGGGAGAUCUAGCUUUCAAUAUAAUCUUAACAAAACUUGGUCCAAAAGAGACAGCAAAAGUAUCAUGUGUCAGCAAGAAGUUCAAGGAUUUAGCCUUGGAGGAAUCUCUCUGGUCAUUAUUUUGCCGUCAAGAUCUUGAUCUCUCUGCCCCUCUUGACCACCAUGGCAAUCCUCUUCCCUCAUUUAAGGCAACUUAUAAGUUAUGGAGAGAAGCUUUCCGUAUGUAUCCUUGGCCCCUUGUAAAGCGAGUUAAAAGUUGUUGGGACAGACUCAAGAGCUGGUUGACUGCAAACUUUCCUGAAGUUAAGGCUACGCUAGGAAAGGGUGCAUCAGAAGGUGAGAUUCAAGAGUUGGAAACAAUUUUGAAAGUUAAGCUGCCUCUUCCCACAAGACUUCUCUACCGCUUUCAUGAUGGUCAAAACUUUUCAGGCAAAAAUCUGUCAAGGGGCAUGGCUGGCUGUCCAUUAGGCCUGAUAGGUGGCUACUGUUUUUAUAAUCAUUUGGUUAAUGUCUACUUAUUACCACUACAUGAGGUAAUCUUGGAAACACGGGAGAUAGUGCGCCACCUGAACUUACCCAAUGGAUCCAAGUAUAUUGUUGUGGCUGCUUCAUCCUCUUACAUUGGAAAGUUUUUCUUCCUGAACUGUUCCGAUGGCCAACUCUAUGUUGGGACCAAGAAUCUUCCAGAUGGAGAAAUGAUGCCAUGUGUACCUCGGGCAUUGAUUAGUCCAGUCCAUGACUUCAACAGUGACCAGCAACAGGAUGCGAUGUUGUUAUGGUUAGAAGAACAUGGUCGCCGCCUGCACAAUGGCAUGAUCAAACUUCAGGGUGAAGGAAAUAUCAAAAGUAUCUCUCAGUUUCCAACAGAAUCUCCUCACUGUUCGACUGCUGUAACCAAUGGUGUAAAGGUUCGUGCAUCUGCUGUUUUUGUGCCAGAGGCUGCUGAUCUGCAAGAUAUAUCUAUAAAGUACUUGUUUGCUUAUUCAAUUCGCAUGUCCCUCCUACCAGAAGGAUGCAUCAUCAAUGGAAUGCACUUCAGCUCUUGCCAACUGCACUUGAGGCACUGGGUUAUCCGUGCUAAUGAUAAUGUUGUAUCUAAUGUUAAUGCAGAGGCUGUGAUAGGCAAGUUCCCACUCUUGCGUCCAGGUGAAAAAGAAUUUGUUUAUGAGAGUUGCACACCGUUGUCAACUUCUACAGGCUCUGUUGAAGGUUCUUUCACAUUUGUCCCUGGCAGAUUGGCAGAUCCAAAAGGAAGUCCAUUCGAAGUGGAAGUCGCCCGGUUUCCCCUCCAACUGCCAGACUACAUUUUCUGA